AUGAAUAUGAUGGAAAUGUUCGAUGACAUGGGCGAUCUUGAUUUCUUCUCUGCUCCUCCGAUCAUCCCAGUUGACGAUGGUGUUUAUUCGAACGAGGAUAUUGAUAUUGCUAAACUUGAGAGAAGGUUAUGUCGCAACAAAAUGCGUCUCAAAUUUCUCAAGGAAAUGAACAAAGGGAAAGAAACUCAAUCUACGAAGAAGAUGGUAUCGAAAACACAAAAUGGAAUCUUGAAAUACAUGAUGAAGAUGAUGGAAGACUGUAAAGUUCAAGGAUUCGUUUAUGGAAUCAUCCCGGAAAAUGGGAACCCAAUCAUAGGUUCUUCCGACAAUCUCCACCAAUGGUGGAAAGACCGAGUGCGUUUUCCCCAUAACGCCCCCGCCGCAAUCAAGGAACAUCAAUCCGAUAACGCAAACUCUGUUUCGGCAUUGAACAACGUUUUGAUCGGUGGUUCUAUAACACAACACACAUUGUUAGAAUUACAAGACAGGACUCUUGGAUCUUUGUUAUCGGCUCUAAUGCAACAUUGUGAUCCUCCUCAGAGACGGUUCCCUUUAGAUAAGGGCGUGCAACCUCCGUGGUGGCCAAACGGUACCCAAGAAGACGGCCAAUCGCCGCCGCCGCCAUACAAGAAACCGCACGAUUUGAAGAAGGCGUGGAAAGUUAGUGUACUUAAUGCGGUUAUGAAGCAUAUGUCGCCGGAUUUUGCGAAAAUUCGGAAGUUGGUUAGGGAGUCUAAAUGUUUACAGGAUAAGAUGACGGCUAAAGAGAGUGCUGUUUGGCUUGCUAUUAUAAACCAAGAGGAGGCCAUUGCCCGGGAGAAUCAUUAUGGUACUACUACUAAUGAAAUGAAUUACAAAUACAACUCUCGUUCAGAGGAGCUGUUCGGAGUAUCAAUGUCUCCGGUCAGUGAUGAUAGAACGGUUUUCUUCCGACAACCGACGGCGGUUAGCCAAAACGGGGAGAAUUAUUCGACGAGCUCAUUUGAGAGUAAUAACUUUCGUAUCAUGUUUGGGUCACCACCGUUUAAUCAAGCAUAA